UCAUAAAAGCACAUCAUCGACCAACACCACUGCUGUUUGAAACUCUCCUCUGCGAAAAAACCCUCCGAGGACCCGAGCGAAACCCGCAGCCAUGAAUGUGAAGGGGGAUAAGCCGAAGUGCAAGAUAACAGCUUCUCGUAAGCUCUCCCUCAAAAUACUCCUGUUGACCCGGGCGACUGACGACCUUCAGAGGGAGAGACAGCAGAGAGAGGAGGACAAGAAGAGAUACUUAGGAGAGAAGAUGCCUCCUCUGCAGCUGUCCAGCAAGUCCAUGGACGAACUACAGAAAAUUUGCAAACAGCUUCACGAAAGAAUCGACUUGGUGGAUGAAGAACGGUACGACUGUGAGGCCAAAGUCAACAAAAACAACAAAGACAUCCAUGAGUUGAAGCUGAAAGUGCAGGAUUUGGGGGGUAAGUUUAAGAAGCCGGCGCUGAGGAAGGUGAGGGUGUCCGCAGACGAGAUGAUGAGGGCUCUGCUGGGCUCCAAACACAAAAGCUGCAUGGACCUGAGAUCCAACCUCAAGUCUGUGAAGAAGGAGGACGUCAAACAGGACAAGGUGCACACGUCUGAGGUCAGCGACUGGCGUAAAAACGUGGAGGCCAUGUCUGGAAUGGAGGGCCGCAAGAAGAUGUUCGACACGGGCGGAGCUGCUCAGUGAGGACCCGCGAGAGCAAGGAAGCGGCGGCGAGUUUAACGUGUUUGAGGGUCAAAUCAGGAGGGAUUUCGAGCGUUGUAUCGUGUUAAAGUUACAAAGUGUCUCGUAUUUGUGUAUUCUGUGGCGCGGCGUUACUGCGUGCUCUGUGUCAUGCUAGCACUUAUGUUGAAAAUGUAUUAAAACUUAAAAAAGCUAAACAAAAGUCAGCUGUGUUUGUCGACUUCUGAACGUAGAAUAAUCAUGACGUAUUUCGGAUAUCGAUGUUUAUUUGAACCCGCCUGUUUUGCGAUACGAUGUUUGUAGAGAUUAAAACAGAACUGAGUAAACGUG